AGAAGGUGUCGCACACCUGCAGGAUAAUCAUACUCAUAAAACAGCAGGUCUGAAGAUCUAAGAGAUCCUUUUAACAGGGAAAAAAAACAUUUUUUCAUCUUGUGCACCAGUGGAGACCAUGGAAAAUGUAUCAGCAGUGACAUACUUCAUAUUGACGGCAUACACUGAGCUGGAAGAUCAUAGAUAUUUAUACUUCAUAUUUUUACUCAUGUUGUACCUUCUGAUAUUAUGGGUUAAUUUGGUUCUAAUCGCAGUAAUAUGCAUUGAGAGAGGUUUGCAUGGACCUAUGUAUAUGUUUAUAUGUAACUUAGCAGUGAAUGGAGUGUAUGGUAGUACCUCUUUAUUACCACCUAUGCUUGGUCAUUUGUUAUCUCAUAAUUAUGAAAUAUCGCUGACCUUUUGUUUGUCACAGAUAUAUUGUUUACAUACAUACGGUACAGUUGAAUUAAAUGUUUUAGCAGUGAUGAGCUAUGACCGGUAUGUAGCCAUUUGUCAUCCAUUGCACUAUCACCAAAUACUGUCUCAGAGAAAAAUGUAUGCCCUUAUUGCAUUGUCUUGGUCUUAUGCCUUUCUUGUUUUUGGACUCUAUUUCAUAUUAACAAUACAGCGUACAUUUUGUGACAGAAUCAUAGAAAAAGUGUUCUGUGCCAAUUUUGCAUUAGUGAAACUAUCUUGUCUUGAUACGUCCUUUCAGAGCACAGUUGGACUUGCAGCGAUUGGAUUAUUACUCAUUCCACAGAUCCUAAUGAUAAUAUUUUCAUAUGCGCAAAUACUCAGAAUAUGUCUGUUUGCUUCUAAGAAAUCUCAGGCCAAAGCUCUUCAAACAUGCGCCCCACAUUUACUGGCUGUUAUUAACUAUGCAUUUGGGUGCUUUUUUGAAAUUAUUUCAAGUCGUUUCAACAUGAGUCACGUACCAUAUAAAGCUCGGAUAUUCAUGUCCCUUUACUUUCUAAUAUUUCCCCCAUUGUUAAAUCCUGUCAUUUAUGGAAUCAGUAUUCAAGCCAUCAGGGUUCCGAUAUACAAACUGUUCAGUACUAGGAAAAACAAGUUAAUUCCAAUAAAAGUAUGCUGAAGUCGUCUUAUGCCUCAUAGUUUCUACCUUGUGCUGUCACGUAGAUGUGCAAAUGUCAGUUUCAUUACUCUUAUUUUUAUUUUUUGAUGUUUCUUAUUUUAUUUGUUCUCCAGCUGUCUUGUGCAUGAGUCUCUUUUGUUAUAUUUUUAUCUUCUGUCUUAUUUUUCUUUCAAUCCUUUACUGACACUGGAAAGCACUUUGAGUUGCAUUUAUUUGUGGACAAAAUAAAUAACAGUGGUUGUGUUUACAUGCAAACUGAUACUCUAGUCUUACCCAAAUUGUGGCAAUAUUCUGAUUAUUGAAGUGGUCAUGUAAAAGCCCUUACCUGAUUAUCUUUAUUGGUGGACUUUCAUAAUCGGUAUAGUCAGAACUCGAUUAAGCCACCUUUAAUUUUUCGAUUUUUCCUGCAUGUAGUCAUCUUACUCUGUUUUCUUUCAGCUCUUUGAAACUGCAAGUCAAAGAUCCUGGUGACAACAAGCAUGGCUGCUGUGUACACUGAUUUUGGAAAAAAUCAUUUAAAUGUGGCUAUUUGAGUAAUCACAUUACUUAUAUCCAUAUGUAUACACAAAUCUAAAUGAUGGCAUAAACUGAUUACUCCUAAUAAUCAGGGUAUUGGUGGGAAUGUUAAGGUAGCCAGUGUAUAAUCACAUAAUUUGCAUGAGUGGAUUCAAAAUGUAUUCAUGGCUCAAUAAGAUUUUGGUCAUUUUUUUCUUUGUAAAAUAAAUAUAUUUAAAAUGUG